UCCCCAAGGGUGACGGGGCGCGCGGGACGCUUGUAUCUGAGGGACACAAUGGCAGACUAAGCGACCAACACACUCCAGGGGUGAUGGCUUGGAGUAAAAGUUCGGAGGGCGAGUGGCGACAUGCUAUAUACUGUAAGCUACGGGAGAGAAACAAGAAAGAGUACGAGAAUAUCAAUGAUCUUAUUCAGCUACAUAACCGUGUCUUUGAACAAAGUGAAUCCUUAAGAAAUGAGAACCUGCAGCUCACAUUACAAAAUGAGAAGCUUCGCCAAGAGAAUACGCAUUUACAAAGUCAUGGAGGUGGUGGCAGCGGCAGUGAAGGUGGAGGUGCCUCAUCAUUGGUUGUACAGGCCUUGGAGCAGAAACUAUAUAAGCUACAAGAAGAGCUGACAGAUUUGCAUAGACGAAAAGGUGAAAAUGCUCAACAGCUGGUCGAAUUGAACCAGUGCCUUCAGGAACGUGAUAAAAUCAUGGCAACAAAAGACAACAAAUUGGCAGAAUAUGAGUCAGAUCUUUUGAUUUUACGAGAGGAUUUAGCAGCUAAAGAGGCAACACUUAUAGAUGUCCAGGGAGUUAACCAAGUGCUACGAGAUGAGUACCAGACACUUAACCUAGCUUUUACAGCAUUGGAAGAAAAAUAUAGAAGAGCACAGGAAGAAAACCGAGAAUUAAUUGAUAGAUGGAUGGCACAGAAGGCUAAAGAUGCAGAAAAACUAAACCUGGAGAAUGACACCGCACUCAGAAAGCGACAGAUGGUGCUUGAGGAACAACUUAAAGAAGCGGCACGUGAGCCCAAGCAAGUGAACAUGGAUGAUAAGUUUGCCUGUAGUCCUCCCAUUUGUCUAUCUGCUGUCCUGCCAGCUAAGGCCUACCUUAAAUAUGAUGCCCAUGAUGGAGAGGUGAAUUGCAUCUGCUUUAGCCCCCAGGGAAAAAUGCUGGCAACUGGGGGAGGUGAUAGGAAGCUGAAGCUAUGGGACAUAAGUCGUGCAGCAAAUGCAGAAGCAAGAGGACUUCUAACGGGCAGCAAUGCAGGAGUGACAGCUAUAGACUUUGAUAUGGAAGAAUCGCUCAUCCUAGGUGCCUCAAAUGACUUUGCCAGCAGAGUAUGGACUGUCGUAGAUCAUAGAUUAAGACACACAUUAACAGGGCAUUCGGGUAAGGUAAUGGCCGCAAGAUUUUUGUCAGAAUCAGCAAAGGUGGUAACGGGGUCUCAUGACCGGACCCUAAAAAUCUGGGAUCUACGGAGCCGUGCAUGCAUUAGAACUAUCUUUGCUGGGUCUAGCUGCAAUGAUCUUGUAGCAUCCGACAGUGCAGCAACAACCAUUAUAUCGGGCCACUUUGAUAAGAAGAUUCGAUUUUGGGACACUCGAACUGAGCAGUCAGCGAAUGAGGUGCCACUUCAAGGAAAAAUUACAUCAUUGUCUUUAUCUCGUGAUGGAUUUUACUUACUAAGUUGUGUACGUGAUGAUUCCCUCAAAAUCUUAGAUCUUCGGAAAAAUCAAGUAAUAAAUACAUUCACUGAUGAUAGCUUCCAUGUUGGAGCAGACUACACGAGAGCGACAUUUUCCCCCGAUGCCAUGUAUGUUGCGGCCGGGAGUUGUGAUGGUGGUGUGUACAUAUGGAAUGUUAAUACUGGCAAGCUUGAGAAGACUCUGAGGGAGCACUCUGCCUGUGUCGUGGCGUGCGCUUGGCAUCCCAGUGGAAAAUCACUCGUGUCUUGUGAUCGAGCUAAAAAAGUUAUAGCCUGGUCAGAUUUUUAGAAAUAUAAAGAAAUGUUGUACUUUGCCUUCUGGUGCUCUUGCCAGUGGUGAUUACUGGAGUUGCCACAACUGUGAUAGAGGUAACCAAAUGCCAGGUUAUGCUUUCAAGUUUUCUCUUCAUGCUGCAUCACUGCCACUGCUGAGUAGGAUCUAGUUAACCCGGAAUGUUUUUCUCCGGUGAAUGGUGUAUCCCCAUGGUUUAUUGACAGCACUGUCAGUUUUAUGACAGCUGCCUUUUCCACGAGGGUGGGAAACGGGGUCGAGCUGGUGACAAUGAUGCCUAACUUAAAAAGAGUGAAUUAGAUUCUAAUUAACUGGAUCCUAGGCAGCUGAGGUGCACUGUUCGAGUACAUAGUGUCAAGAAAUUGGUUUCAGGGCACCAGGUCAGUAAAAAAUCACACAUUUUUUUGUGAAUAUUAUUUUAUCAUUAUGUGACAGCAACUUUAAUACAAAAGUUUGCCUGUGUAUAUAUAUUUUGCCAUCAAGAAAAUAAGUUAAAUAGAGUAGAUGUGCACAUUUGAGAAUAUGCCACAAUAGGAACUGCAUAAUUAAUUUCUAUUUAAAUAUACCGUACACCCAAUAUUACUCUUCAUUGAAACUUGUACACAAUCUAUUUACAGGAAUGUUUGUACUGUAUAUGCAGUAUAUAAAAUGUUGAUUUAUUUUUUAUUUUUUUGCUUUAUAUUUAUUGUAAUUCAUGAUUACAUACACCGUCCGUACCAGGCUACAUUUACCAUCUCCGGUGACAUUUUUACUUGUGGGGGGAAUACACCCAAUUAUUUGUUUUUCUCCGUGCUUAUGUUGCCUUGUGGCGAGUUUCCCUAAUUUUCACUCACUAUGUCAUCUGAACAAAACAUGUGUAUCCAUCCCACUUGUCAUUUACCCCACCACAGUAAUAACUUUACAUUAUUUCUGCCUAUUUUUAUCCGAUUAUUAUAAUUCAUUAUUUGUUUCUAUUUACGGAAAGCAUUGUACAGUACACGCUACAUCUUUAACUACCUUCAAAAGUACGGUUAAUAUUAUGUAUUUCUGGCACAUGUUUCUGCACACUGCAAGUUGCUGUAUAAUCUUUGCUGUCCUAAUUUCGUACACACACGUCUUCGACUGAAACUGUAUGCUUUGUUUCAAAUGUAUAAUUGUUUUAUGAUGUACAGUCUGAAUGUUUUAAGAUUAUAUUAACCUCCAUUUCAUUUGAUAAAAAAAUGAGCAGAAUAAUUUACACCCAAGUCAACUUGAAUACAGAAUGUUUCGUAUUCUGGUCAGCAUUGUGCUCUGGUCAAUUUCUACCCUAGUCAAGGUUAUAGAAUACUGAUAAGGAUAUUGACAAGAUAAGAGUAGACUUAAUUUGUAGAUGUACACACAUAGACUUUUAUCAUCUUUGUGUUUGUCUAUAACCUAGUUAAUUUAUAAUUUAGCCAUUUUAUACCAUGAGCAAGUAUGAAGGCUAAAAUUAGCAGUUAAUUGCCACCUGCAGAAAGAAGACCUCUAGUGCAUUCAGUGUUAGAUGAAACAAACCCCAGAAAAUUUAUGGAACACUUCAGAUCUACAAUAACAUGAAAUUUGGAAGAUAUAAAAACAUUAAUAAAAUGCAGAGCUCUUUGUUCAUAUGUUUGAAUUCUAGCUUCCUACAAAAAUGCCAUGAAAAUAAUUUUUUUUGAUCUUCAAAUGUAAUUUUCAAACUUUAAUUAAAAAUGUCGACACCUAGAAAACUGCAUUAUUGAAAAAAAGUGGCCUAUGGCUGUGUUCAUAGGCACCUAAGAGCCAGUGGUCAGCCAACAAAACAGAAUUUCCAAAUCAUUUAAAAGCACAAAUAGGGAAAUAUUCAAUGGCAUUAAACUACAGGCCAGUAUCCCUUGCAUAUUGUGCAAAGCAAUGGAGAAGCUUAUAAAAAAAGAGGCUAGUAGAACAUCAAGAGAAGGGUCUUUAUAACAACAACAGCAUGGGUCUAGGAUGGCAAAUCUUGCCUCACAAACUUUAUAGAUUUCCCUGGACAUAAGAUGAGAAGGGUCGGCAGAUUGUAUAUUUUAUGACUUUCAGGAAGCCUGAUACAGUACAGUACCCCCACGAGAGAGUAGUGCAUAAAGUGGAGAAACAGGCAGGCGCACGCCAGGGAAGGAAAAAGUACAUUACGUGUACCUCUAAUAGAUGUCAGUCACAGUGAGUGGAGAGACCUCAUAAAGCAACUGAUCCUCAGAUCAAGUCCAUUCCAUCCAGUGGUCAACCCCAUAUACGCAUUCAUAAAUUUUAACAUGCUGUUCAUUCAAAAUAGGAAUUUUCUCAAAUAUAAAUUAAUAUUAUUAUAUAUUAGCAAUACUGUAUUGUGCAUAUUCAGCCAUUGGUUAAGUGUUUCAGUUCCGUUGGGGAUUAUUUGUAUUAGUACGUACAGCACAUUUACAGCGUUGUGGUUUGAACAAAUGUCGUCUUGUUUGAAAGGUGAUCGAAUGUCAUCAGUUGAGAGUCACGUGCAAACCGUUCAUUCAUAAACGAGGUUUGGCAGGUGCAUGGAAUGGACUUUGGCCUUUGUUUAUGAGGACGGGCUGCAUAGUGGCAGGAUGUUACCAUUGCCUUUCCCAUAAGGGUUAGAACUAUGGCUGAACCUUUUCCUUAUCUUUGUGAAGGACUUACCAGAGAGAAUAGAUUCCUUUCUUUCAGUGUUUACCAAUGAUGUAAAAAUUAUGCUGGGGAUAAAUCUGAUGAAAGACUGCAAGACACUACAGGAUGACUGCAUCAAAUUGAAAUAAAUGAUGCUCAAGCUGCUACUAUGGUGUAACUCGGGCAAGUACAAAACAAUGAAGUUGGGUACUGGGAACAGGAGGCUGGACAUAUGGGAGAGGAAAUAUCCCUGGAAUCAUACAGAGAAUAUUACUUUUGGAGGGGGUGAUAUUACAUAAGAAUGCAAGAAUAUAUACCCACAUCAAAUGAAUAUUAUCAGCUGCAUGUGAAAGGUUGGCCAACAUAAGAACGUUAUGAAGAAAGACUAAUAGAGUUGAACAUCAAUGGAAAAGAGAAGAAAUUGGAAAGACACAAUGACCACAUUCUUAAUAUCCAGAGGAAUAGGGAGAACAGAAAAGGACAGACUAUUUAGCAUGGGUAGUACAUGAACAAGGGGACACAGAUGGGAAUUAAGUACCCAAAUGAGCCAUAGAGACUUUAACAAAAAUUUUGUAUGUCAGGAUAGUGAAAAAAUGAAAUGUGUUAAGAAGUGAAGUAGUGGAGGCAAACUCAAUACUGUAUACAGCUUUAAAUGUAGAUAUGACAGAGCCCAAUAGGCUCUAGAACCUAUACCAAAGUUUUCUUUUGUAAACAAAGUGGUAGGCAGUUGGGACAAGCUAAGUGAGGUGGUGGUGGAGGCCAAAACUGUCAGUACAAGUAGUUUAAAAGUAUUAUGCAACAAAGAGUACUGGGAAGAUGGGACACCACGAGCAUAGCUCUCAUUCUGUAACUACAAUUGGGUAAUAACCAGUUGAUUUGUGGUUAAGAGGGAGGGCCAUAGCUCCUUCCCUUCAAGUGCAACUAGGUGAGUACACACCCACCCACUCACCAACCUUUGUACACACACCCACCCACCCACUCAUCAACCUUUGUGUACACACCCACCCACUCACCAACCUUUGUACACACCCACUCACCAGCUUGCUCAUGCCCACCCCAUCUCUCUGUCCAUCCACUCAUUUAACUGAAUCAUGAGUGCAUUAUAUAGUAAUUCAAAGGUUUGUCAUUAAUAUAUUUUCUGAGUUGAAGGUGAUAUUGAGGUGAAGGUAGGCGAUUGGACUAAACACACUGGUCUAGACUUUUUUUAAGGUAUGCUGAGAGAAUGAUACACACUAUUAGAGUCAACAGUACAUAUUUUAAUUGUAUAAUUGGCAAAUUGGUGGUAGGAGACCACAGGAAAUAUGGCCUGGCUGGGUUAUUAUUAACAUCUUUAUUGACAAAAUUAAUAUCAAAUUUGGCCUAAUUGGAGUAAUCCGUUUUGGUCUUAUUGCAGUGAAUGUUUUAACAGUUUGUCAGGGAGCUUUCAGGCUGAAUAUUCUGGUAGUGACUUAGCCUCAGUAACUUGCCUCAUAUGCCUAAAACCACAGCAAACUAUUGCAUCAUCAUCAUCAGCGUCGUGUUGCCUGGUUCGAUUAUACAAAUACCUAUUCAUACAAAGUUCUUAUAGCUUUUAAUACUGCAGCUUUCAAAUCUUUAGUCAUUUCUUAAUUCUUCUAAAUCUGAAGUACAGUAAUCAUUUAAUUUGUAUGUUUCUAAUAAUUGGAUUAGGUAGCCCAGUCACAAUCUGUAUUUUCUUUUUUCCAAGCAUCAUUGGUCAAUGCUUUUCAUUUCCAAUACAGGAUGGAAUCCACACCAAAUUUAGAAAUUAUUAUCGUUGGCAAAAUUCCAUUUAAUAUUGCAAGGUACUGUGGACAUUAAUUGUGUAUUAAUGUAUUUACAGUAUUUAAAAAAACAGUAUUUAAAGACUGUAGUGCACUUUGUCACUAAAAAUUACACAAAUGUUACUAUGAUUAAUAUUUGUUAACUAUUAUAUCUAUAGGCUAAAUCCUGGUGCCAUUUUAUAGACAACCGUCUUCACUCACAAUUCAUACCAUAGAUUUUUGUUAAAUGUUUUGCUUGCUAUUUUGAUUCCACUCUAAAUACUAAUAGCUUUGAGUAGCUGAUGACCAGUGAUUUUAUCCUACAUAUACAAUUUUUCUUUUUUAACAAAUGAAGAUGCAUAAUAAUGUGCAUAUUGAUAUGCUGGAUCAAAUGGGUUGUGAUGGCUAUGUUACUCUGCAGACCUCAACAAGUAAUAAACUAGUUGAUCAGUCACUAGGGAGGCUUGGUCUUAGUCCAGCCUGCAAAAGUAAAAACAUUUGAAAGAGAUCACAGGUAAAUCACCGAUGUGGCAUCUAGUUUCUUUGUAUAAUAGAAAAUGUGAUGGACUAGUUAGUAUCUGCUCUCUGCCUUAGUGAUGCAAGGACAAGUAUAGCAGUAGUUGCUUAUUUUGUGCAGAAUUUGUAUGAAAAAAAAGAGUAAUUGCAAACAGUAACUAUAUUUAGGAACCAAGAUUAAUACUGGUACUUAAUUAGGGUAUGACAACUAGAGUAUUGAGUGACCAGAGUACGAGCUAACUAGUGUGUGGAACGUAAGAGUACAGUACAUGUUGAUUUGAUAUGAUUCGUUGACCAGAACACAAAGCAAAUUAUUUGGAGUGGCAAUAGAUGGAAUAAAAAAGGAAGUCAUAUAGAUCAUAUAGUCUUAAACGAUUCUUAGCGGCAGGGGAUCGUAUUCCAGGGACCUGCCCGAAACGCUAUGCAUACUAGUGGCUGUACAAGAAUGUAACAACUCUUGUACAUAUCUCAAAAAAAGAAAGAAAAAAAAAAGAAGGUAUUUGUUAAGUGACUUGAGAAUACACCAAGAAACCCAGUAACCCUGUCGUAGCUCAGUCGAUUAAGGCAGUGUCUGGAUGCUCUCGGAUGCAGGUUCGAAUCCUCGUCACGGCCCUUGGGGAUUUGUUCACCAAGAAACAAUGGAUGAGAUUAAUAUUUGUGCUAAAAAAACAAAAUAUUACAAGAAGUGCAAUAAUGUAAAGUUAUUGAUUGCAUGCUAUGUUAAUAAUGCUAAUCUGAUGUUAAGGUGGCAGUUAAGUUGUUAGACAGUUCCCAGUAAUGAAUCAAGUCCAAAGUCCUUGCAUAAAAAAAAUUUGUUUGUACUGUAUUGUAUAGUUUUUUUCUAUGGAAAGCCCAGUCAGCUCCCCGAAGUUAUCCAAACUGACAUGUGCUAUAUUAAUUUGUGGUCAUCAGUCACAGCAGUUCUUAUGUUUACCGGGGACCACGAGCCAGAAUCUGGCCCCCUUCAGAGAGGUGCAGGGAGCAAUGGCCUAUGAGCACUUUACAUUUAAAGUAUGUCAUAAUUGCCAUCGACCAGAGAAGGACCCAGAAAGGUAGGCAAAUCAAAACAGACCACUGUCUGCUUAACCUGGGUGUUCUUCAUCCAAAAAGAUCAAAAUAACUCUUCUAUAAGUUAUUAGUUAUUUCCCCCCCAUCACUUCCCCAGCAGGAGGGAGGGGGAGCUGGCAGUCCCACCACUCCAGUCCUUGAACUGAUGUACUGGUGGUCAGAUCAGUCACCUCUGGCCUCACGUUCCCAUUCUGGAUUUUUGCCCUGUGUGGUUGCUCCAGCUGUGUGUGUGUGGCGUGGUGGCCAGAUGUCUUAGUGUACAGGAGCAGCAUGCGCCUAGGGUGACCUUCCCUAGGUACUUUGCGAGUACUGCCCUUACAUGUCAGGGUUAUCUUCCUUGGGGCAUUCGGGAAUGACUCCCCGUUUGAGGACUUCAUUUCUUGAUGUUGUUUUUGCCCUUGGGGUGCGUCGGGGGUGUAGGGCUUUCCGUCUUGCCCCGGCUAGGGGAGUGUUAUUGGCUGGGUAGGGUGCACUUCGGCUGGCGCAGCUAGCUUUACUUCAACGCAACGGUUGACUGCAUUUCAUUCACUCUCGCUAACAAGCGAGUGCUAGUUGCAUGAAGUGUUGCUUGUUGGGUUUGUUUCUAGGGGAGUUAUUAUGAUCUUUUAGGAUGUACAGGUUAACCAGACAAUGGCCUAUUUCGAUUCGCCUGCCUUUCUGGGUCCUUUCCUGGUUGAUGGCAAUUAUGACAUACAGUACUUGAUAUGUAAGUGCUCAUAGGCCAUUGCUCCCUGCACCUCUCUGAAGGGGGCCAGGUUCUGGCUCGUGGUUCCUGGUUAGCAUAAGGACUCGUGUGACUGAUGACCCCAAACUAAUAUAGCACACAUCAGUUCAGGUAGCUUCAGGAAGCUGACAGGGCUCACCCAGAAAAUAGUGUUUGAUUACAUUUAAUGCUGGUUAUUUAUUUUUAAAUAAUAGUCUUUUAAUCUUGUGAAAUCUACAUUGUAUAUCAUGUUGAUAUAUAAUGGACAGCUAUAUAUCCUUAGGAAGAACAAAAGUACUGAAGAGCUGGGGGAGGGGGGUUAGAAGAACAGAUUUGAAUAGACAAAAUUAUGAUUUAUUUUCUUUAUUUUUAAAGAGCCAAGACUUUAGUACAUCAAAAGUGAUGCAUCAGACAUAAGAUUACUUGAAUGCUACCGACACGUGAGUCAGGAAAGUAUGUAGACUGCAUGUGCAGUAUUUUAUAGGAAAUUUAACACGUGGGCAUUUGCUGUUUUCAAGAGUGGCCAUACCUGGACUCGAGAAACCCAGUGUGAGGUAAAGUAUACCAUACACUUUCAGUAGGUAACUGAAGGUGUAAACUCCUACAGAAUUUGAUAAGUUGUCAGUAAACUGGAUGACUAGAAAGAUUUUGUUGAUUUUGUCUGCUAGUUGUCAAAUCUACAGAAAUGUGUGCAGAUUACAGCAUAGCAAAGUACAUGUACUGUACUGUGGUUGAGAGGAAUGCUUUGUUAUCCUCCUUUCUGCUGAGUCCAGAAGUCUUCACAAUACUGUAUUACUUUGGUUCAAUUUCACUCGUAUAUGAAUAGUUUGUACUUUGUAUUAUGCAAAUUUUUAUAUUGUCACACAUUAUUUGUACAUUACCUGGCUGUUAGUAGUAAAUUUGCAUAGAAAUACUUAAAUGUUUGUGAUUGGCAAAUGAUUACUUUAAUGUCAUAUCCAAAAUGUGUUUUCUGGAGGAGCCACUGGGGCUCCUCCGGAAAGAGGCAUUUUAUUAUAUACAAUGUUGGGUUUUUUAAAAUUACGUAAAUAUUGAAUAUAUUUUUAAUGAAUUUGUAAAAUGUACUGUGAAAUAAAUUUUUCAUGUAAUUUCUCUUUGUACAAUCAUUUAUCAUUGUGGGUAAGAUUAGGUGGAAGAGCAUUAGUUCACAAGUGAGGUCAGUGUCAAGCUGUAUUAAGUAAGGCUCACAUUCUUACUUGUGGUGUAAGGUCGACUAUAAGAAUGGUUCAAGAAUACGCCUUAUUUAAAUUUGCAUUCUAGACAUGUCAUUAAAGCAUACAGUAAUUAUUUUGUAUCUGUAAUUGAACAAUUCAAUGCAUCAAGGUCAGUGUCCUGAUAAUUGGACCGUUGGCAGUCACAGUGAUGGCCAAAUCAUUAGAUAUUUACUAACCAACAUGUAACUCAAAACUGGGUAAUGAAUAAUACUUCUUGUGCCUUUAAGUACUGACCACUACCACAAAUUUCCAAUUGAUAUGCAAGACAAGACUAAGGCUGUAACUUUUGUUGACAAAUGUUAAUACAGUAAUUAAAUGCUUUAAUGUGUAUCAAGGUAAGUCAUCCUCCUCAAACCAAUUUAUUUUUACAACUAUUUAAUUUAUAAUGUAGAGUAUAGUGUGUGUGUUAUGGAGUAUUAUUAAUUUUUUUGUGAUUAAACUUUAACAGUUUUUAUUUAAGAAUUGGAUGUGUCUCGUUUGAAAUUCUGUAGCUACAUCUCUAUCAUUUAAUUAAGAAACCCUUACAGCUCUGUUAGAACUUAAAUUCUGUUAUAAAAUGCCUGAGAUUUAUGGAAAAAAUUAAAUAAUUUAUAAUAUAGAGUUAAUUCGAUCAUUACUUUUGCAUAUUUCUUUGUAUUUAAUGAAUACAGAAAUUGUAAUUAUAAUUGUUUUGUACAUUAAACAUUGUUUACAUGGUUUACAGAAUUUUUUGUUGUUGUAAAUUAAGCUUGGUAUCGCUGAACAUUUGCUGAAACCUUACGGUAGUUUUAGCCAGGGACUCGCAUGGUCGUUUCUCACCAUGUCUUAACUAUUAAGUUAGUCAAGGUUUGGAAGGCUUUUGUUAUACUUUCUUCACCUUUGUAUAUAUUAUAAUGAACUUUACUUUUCUAAUAUUCCUUGUUUAUUAUUUAAUCUUAAUUUACAGUUUCUCAACAUACCAGUAAUUACAGUAUUUUUCUAUUACUGUAUAUAGAUGAAGACUGAAUUACUGUACUGAUCUUAGAGAGGAGUAGAACUGCCAUUAGAGUUAUUGUAAUGUACAAUAUUCAUACAAUACUACAAAUGAUAUGUUGGGAGACCUUGGGCUCUAUUAUAAUUGUGACUAAGCAAGCAAAAGAUUAUACUGUAUUCUUUGGAAAGAUUAUAUUUGACGGUUGCACACUCCCAGCCUCGGUUAUUCUUGACGGUGUCAAAUGCUCUGCUUAGUAUUCCCUCUCUUCCAUGUGCCGGUUCAGUAUUUGCUGGACGCUUUGUCAUGGGGCUGUCACCAGUUAGUAGUGUGGUGUUAUUUUGUUCCCUGUAUGGCAAUUCUGGACAUGUUAAGAUUAUUUGACUCGGUUAUCUGCAUUAAUUGCUUAAUCCAAGAUGAAUCAGUCCAUCCUCGAGCACAAGGAUGCUGUGUGUUUGCUGCUAGCUCAUAUUCUGGUGGCACAUUAGUCCUCCUCUUGCUGCUUUUUCCCACUUUAGGGGUUGACACUGCCCCUUUUCAUUAGUAUUUGCUUCAGCAGUAUAUGUACAGUACUAAAAUUGUAACAAUACAGAGGAUUAGCAUUGUUCCCUGUGCAAGAAUGUCACAUGACUCCGUGUAGUGUUCCAUAUCUCUGGGCACCUAGUGGGAAGCCUUUGGAUGCAUCUGUUUGCUGUGGUAUCAGCCAUCUCUCUACUUGCCUUCUUGCUGGGGUGUUGACUGGUUUUCUAGCACAUUUCCUGCUGCUGCAACAACUUCAUGGUUGGUUUUUGAGGCAUUCUCCUGUAGUCUUACUAGAGUUCCCCUCUUUGUGUUGACAAAGUUCCCCUCUUUGUUCUUUCACUGCUCUCACUCCUUUGCUGGCGAGCUGGGGGUUUGCUUGCAUCAUUUGUCGAUUGUGCCUUCUUCCAGAAAUUGAAGAUGAGACAUUCAUAAUUCUAUCCAUAACUGUUGAAGGGAUAGUUGGUUAGCUACUACAGAUUACAAACUUUAAGAUGUCUAAUAUUACACUAAAGUUAUUAAUGUAAGAACAAUUUUUAAAGUUAAUUAGAUACUUGCAGCUUUUCUUCAAAGUUAUCAAUGUUUCUAAUUUAUGCUGAUUGCACUUUUAAUUUCUUAAAAAAAAAGGUGUUACAAAAUUUUAAGAGGGGCAUUCAUUACGUAAAAGUUGAAAUUGGGAUGCAUACAAUUACUGAAAGGAAUAAAAGAACUGAGAAACACACACACACAAUUUUAGAAAUGUAAAAAUGAGGCCAGCAAAAUUCAAGAGUUUAUAAUGUGAAAAUGACAGAUCACGUAAUGGUGCUAUAUGAUGACUGAAUUGGCAUGGAAUAAUAAUAUAUGUCUGUCUUCCAAGGUGAAGUCUCCUGGGAUUGCCGUGUCCCUCUGACUCUUAAAGGCUCUUCCAUGACUUCUUCCUGGUGGCCAAAGGUUCACUGGAUUUUCUUACUUCCAUUGAUACUAUGAUUUUCAACAGUUAAUGUUCCUCUGCAGUACUUUGUGACUUGUAUUAUUUUAGCUUCAACAGUCUCUUCUUUUGUUUUUAUCCUGCACAUGCAUAAUUCUUUUUUGCUCAUAAGCUUGUUAUUCCUUGUCAGAGAUUAUUUACAAGUUUAAUUUUUCCAUAAACAGGUUUUGUGUUUGUGAUUUUAUGUAUAAAUUUUUAACUUUAUACAAUGGAAAUAUAGUACCUUGCUUUGUAUGAUAACACCUCAAUUCAAGAUGAUUAUGUAUUCUGGUGACAGUUUUAUAAUGGUACACUGGUAAAUUAUAUUUCUACUGGGGACACAUUUUACCCAAUAAGCUAGAAUUCUCAGCCCAUAGUUUUCAAGGAUGCUGUGCACAUCCCUGUAAUUAAUGUGAUUUUAUCAUAUUUAAUGUGAAAACCAACAAAAAAUUACCAGCUGAGCUCAAUGAUCCUCCUAACAUUUUAAGUAGUUUUAUUAAAUAUUUAACAUUUGAUUGUUACAUGAAAUAUUUAGCUUUUAUUAUAUUAUUUCCUUUGCACAUUAUGUAGUUCUUGCUGUUGUUAUAUUGUUUUAAGUUAGUCUAGUCUUGUUUUAAGUUAGACACUGAAGACUACCGAGUGUCCAAUGUGCAAGUCUCCUAGUCAUCCCCAUCUCUCAUUCUAAGUAAAACAAUAUUUGUUAUUGAUCAUAAUGGUGUACAAGAAUGUUAGUGUGGCUACAGUUUAAUUUUACCUGUGAUUUUCACUUACUGCUGUAAACUUCAAAGAGUAGAUAAUAUAAUUUUAUAUGGUCUUUCCCAUUAACAUUAGAUAGCAGACCUGCCCAAAGCACUGUCUAAAUGUUUAAAUGCACUCUUGAGCAUGAUGCAUUUACAAGAAAAAUGUAUUUUUAAUAGCAAACAAUAUAACUUGCAUAUGGAAUUGCCUCAAAAUUUGAUGGACUAUAUUCUUUGGGGCUUUGCUAACUUUGCUCCAUAUUAUAAUUUUGGAAAAUGAUCAUUGUUGUUGUGUGCGCAUUACCAGUCUGUAUACAAUGCUCAAAAUGUGCAUCUAUGGCAUGGGGGAAUGAAGGGUAUUGCUUAAUAGCAAACGUUUUCAUAUUAUUUAAUGUUUCUUGUUAAACAUUUAAGCUAAUGAAUUAUGCAUUGCAUGAUAGACUAACUAUAAUCUAGAUGUAUAUGUAAGAACUUUCGUAAUUUUUUUUUUUUUUUAGAUAAUGAUUGUCAUCUAACUCGAUACAACUGAAAUUGUACAGUAUAUUUUUUUGUUGCUCAAGCUAUUUUACUUGAAGAGCACAGUCUAUAAAUUAAUAAAUCUGAGAAAUUGCCCCCAUCAAAGAUGUUCACUUAGGCUUCCUCUUUUCUAAAUUUUCCUAUAAAACUGUAAUGCCCUUAAAAAUACCUGAAAUAUUAUUGAUAAUAAAAUGAAAUAUGCUG